UUUACGCACGCAUGGCAACCCUAUUGCUCAAGCCGUUGUUGUUUUUUCAAUUAAGCGAUUAUUAUUUAAAAAAAGCAACAUGGUAGUGCUGAGCUCCUGCUGGUCGCCCAUCAUUUGGUCGGAUAAUGUCCGGACGGGAAGCUACGCCGUGGCCGCCUAUACGGCUGCGCUAUCCGCCGUAAUGAUCACGAUGAUUUCAUAUAUGCUAGCAGGCGGGGAGUCUGCGCAGCUCUAUUCCCCACUCUUUGAGACGGACAUCCGUUCGUCGAUGCCCGUGGCAGGUGGCUUCUUCAUCAUCUACUUCCUGCUCAUCAUCCUAUCUUCCUAUUUGGUCUACUACGGAAUUAAGAUCAGCACUCGCGGAUGGCUACUGCCCUGGCUGGGUCUAAUUGGACUGGCCAUUCUCUUCCAGUUUUGCUGGAGCCUUUGGCUUAUUGGAGGCUACUAUAUUUAUCUGGAGCAAACCUUCUCGGCCCUUUUGAACUUCGUUUGGGUAGCCUACAAUAUCUAUUGCUGGCUGGUGGUCUUCUCGCAGUACCAGAUAUUCCUGGAGAUCCAGAAUCCGAACAUUGAGCUGCUGAUGCCAUGAUGGAAGAACCUCCGUACAAAAGCUCGAAUAAUCUAUUAGAAUACUUUUUGACUUGACACGCAACAAGAACUCCCUCCAUGCGCAUUUUUUACAAUAAGAAUUCCAUACAAUUCCACAGAUGCCUACCAAAUAGUUUUAUAUAAAUUUAUAUAUUUUACACACAUUUAUACACGAUCAAUUAUACUUAUGUGUAAUUCGAAUGCCUUAGUCUACUAAACGACAAUUAAACAAAUAGA